UUUUUUUUUACUCCCCACCUUUUCUCCUUACUUCCCCUUCAAUAGGAGGAAUAUACACAAAAUGGGUACAGGGAAGAAGGAAGCCACGCGCCGUGUCCGCCAGGGCAAGGUUGGCGAUGGCAUGGCCAAUGUGAGGGUCAAGGGUGAAAAUUUCUACAGAGAUGCGAAGAAGGUGAAGAGGCUGAAUAUGCUCAAGGAUGGCAAGCCUCAACGUGACGCCGCCGGAAACAUCACUGUUGCUGCUUCGUAUCAAUCUCGAGAGGCACCGGUCGCUAGAAUAGAACCAAACCGGAAAUGGUUUGGCAAUACUCGGGUCAUCUCACAAGAGGCUUUAUCCUCGUUUCGUGAGGCCGUCGCCGAGCGUGCCUCUGACCCGUAUCAGGUUCUCCUCAAGACCAACAAGCUCCCAAUGAGCCUGAUCAGAGACAAUAAGACGGUCAAUGGACUCAAGCAACAUGAGGCUAAGAUGACAAUUGAAACAUCACCAUUUAGCGACACUUUCGGGCCUAAGGCUCAAAGAAAGAGAGUCAAGCUGGGUGUCUCGUCGCUCGAAGACUUGGCUGGUGAAACGAUGAAGAUGCACGAUAGUUAUGUUGAGAAGUCGGAACAAGGUAGGCAUGAGGACGGUACUCCGAUCGUCGCUGGCGAUGAUGUGGCGACAGAUCUCUCAGUUGGCACCUUGCCGACGUCUCGUGAGGCAGUCUUCUUGAAAGGUCAAAGCAAAAGAAUUUGGAACGAGCUGUAUAAGGUCAUUGACUCGUCUGACGUUGUCAUUCAUGUUAUCGAUGCUCGCGACCCCGAGGGCACACGCUGCAGAGGUAUUGAGAAAUACAUUCGCGAGGAGGCACCACAUAAGCACCUGAUAUUUGUUCUGAACAAGUGUGAUCUUGUGCCCACUGGCGUUGCGGCUGCUUGGGUACGUCACUUGUCAAAGGACUAUCCUACUCUUGCAUUCCACGCUUCGAUCAACAACUCUUUUGGUAAAGGAUCUCUUAUCCAACUCCUGAGGCAAUUUUCAUCACUCCACUCCGACCGAAAACAGAUCUCGGUUGGUUUGAUCGGCUAUCCUAACACAGGAAAGUCUUCAAUAAUCAAUACUCUCCGCAAGAAGAAGGUGUGCACAGUUGCUCCUAUCCCGGGCGAGACCAAAGUUUGGCAGUACGUCACUCUGAUGAAGAGGAUUUACCUCAUCGACUGUCCUGGUGUUGUCCCGCCGAGUCAGACGGAUACCCCAGAGGAUAUUCUCCUCCGAGGUGUUGUCCGGGUUGAAAACGUUGAAAACCCUGAGCAGUAUAUUCCGGCCAUAUUGAAGCGCGUGCAACCCAAGCAUCUUGAGCGCACUUACGGUAUCAAGGAAACAAGCGACGCCAUCGAGUUCCUCAGCAUUCUUGCCAGGAAGGGCGGUAGGCUCCUUCGUGGAGGUGAACCAGAUCUCGAUGGCGUUGCUAAGAUGGUGAUCAACGAUUUCCUCCGAGGCAAGAUUCCCUGGUUUACUCCCCCUCCUUUCACACCUGGUGAGGAGGGUGAGAAGAUUGAAGGCCGCGAAGGCAGACUCGGUGAGAUGGGCAGAAAGCGCAAGAUUGAGGAGACAUCUCAGGAUGCGAGUGAGGGUCAAGAAGGCCAAGAUCAGUCCGCUUCUGACUCCGAGGAAGAGUUUGGGGGAUUCGAUGACGAGCAGGAUGAUAGCGAUAAUGAUUCUAUUGCAAAUCUUGAAGUCAGCGAUGAGGAAAGCGGGGAGGAGUGAAUGUCAUUGUCGCGCGGCAACCUCUAACACCUUACAACCCACACAAGCAGCGUCAGUUUCCACAAGUAAAAUACUUGGCCCUGCUAUUUGACGCCAGGACGUCGCAGAACGUCCUGCAUACUUAGCUGUCGCUUUCUGCUUGGCUGUUCGGCUGGCGGGCCAUUUGACAGCUGUACAGCCCCGAGGCGCAACGUGGAAUCCGUGGCGCUGUUCAUCUCAACCUCGAAUAACGAUAGGCAGUACGGAGCACCCACAGCGUCGUUCCAAUCUGUCUGGGCUGUUGACUGUCGUACAUAUGCCCAAAGAUGCUUCCGGUGGAAGAACGUAUAGUCGAGUCCAUCGAUGACAUCAUUCAUUUAGAUACCCAUGUCUCUACCGAAU